AUGAUUGCACCAGACUCUCAAAGAUUAUUCGGUUCCUUUGAUGAACAGUUAAAAGACUUGAAACUGGACUCAGAUGAUACCGAGAGCAAUAGCAUCAAUAGCACCUUUGCCCCUAUGGAGUCCUCUCAGCCCAGCACCAAUAACGGUGCCAUUGGUGCGGGCAUAAACGCUGUUCCCGGGUCCACGUUUAGGUCUAAUACACCUCUCUUGGGUAACCGACAUGCGCUUAGUAGAACCUCUUCUCUAAUGGACUCUAUUGGUAUACAGCGUGCAGCCUCGCCGUUUGCACCUGCCAAAGAGCCCUUUAUUCCCCAGAACCCAGGGGUCGUGGGUACCUCGUUUUGGCACAGUGACCAUCCUGAAUCGCGGGUUGGUACGCCUGUUCAACAAAUCCCUCUAUUGCAAAGAAACGAGUCUACUUCUUCCUUUGGAUAUGCCGCUAAUCUUGGAAUGAAUUUGAGCACGCAUUCUUUGGCUGUUGAUAUUACUCCGUUGGGAACACCAACGAUUGCUCAAUCCCAUGCCAUUUUAUUCCCGUCAUCUGAUAUACCUCCAGCUCUGGACGUAAAUGGCAUACCUCAAUUUCCCACGCCAAUUUCGAUCGAGUCCAGUUGGAAAUAUAUAGAUACACAGGGGCAGAUACAUGGUCCAUUCACUACCCAAAUGAUGUCCCAAUGGUAUAUCGGUGGCUAUUUUGCUUCAACUCUACAGGUUUCAAGGUUAGGCAGCACGCCGGAAACACUCGGAAUAAACGAUGUAUUUAUUACCUUGGGCGAGUUGAUGAUAAAGCUUCAAAAGUACGACACGGAUCCAUUUAGUACUUUUGAUAAAGUUCAUGCGCAACCACCCAUUACCGACCCUAGCAACACAAAUCUGCCUGCAUAUUCAAACGAAGCUAUUGCUACAACUGCUGAUACCAUGGAAACUACCGACAACGAUAUUUUCAAACCAUUGACUCAUAAAAACAUCUGGGAUAUGGACAGCGGCACUACAGUGCAAGAAGGUGAUAUUGAAUUAGGUUCAACAGUCUCUACAGGUCAAACGAAGGGAAAACCCAAAUCGGAAGUUAAACCCAAGAAUAUAAUCGAGGCUAGAAAAAGCGAAAAAGCUGAAUCCAUGGCCAAAGUAUUAUUGGAAGAGCAAGAGAGACAAAAUCAAGAAAUUAAAAGAAAAGAAGAGAUUCGUUUGUUAAAAAAGCAGAAACAAAAAGAGGAACAAGAGUUACUGAAAAGACAAAAGGAAGAAAAGGAAAUGUUGAAAAAACGGAAAGAAAGGGAAACCUUGGAAGCAGAAAAACAGAAACAAAUUGAAAAUACCAUAAAGAAUACACAAGUCCAAACAGUACCUCUCAAAACUCCAAAAGAUCUGCCUUCAUUGAAUGAUUUAAAUUUUAAACCAACACCAUGGGCUUCCAAAGUCAAGACGAAUACUCCAGUAAAUAAUAUAACCAAAAACGUUUUGGGUAAUACCGAGAAUAAGAAGGAAGCACCUCUGAAUUUACAACUGAAAAUUACCAAGGAAGAAAAGGAAAAACAGGAACUGAAAUCUGUGUUAAACUGGGCCAACAAGUCAAGCACAGUACCAAAUUCAACUAUUGAUAUUAAAUCACAGUUUCAAAAAACUUCUAAAAAUGCAAAAGAAACGCCAUCGCCAAAAGAUUUUGAAGACCCAAAUUUUAUUGAAGAACAGAAAAAAAUAUGGGAAAGAGUUCAAAACUCUUCUAAGCAGCCAAAGACCACUACUUCUGCAACUACUACGACAACAUCUUGGACCACAGUAACAUCAAAGACGAAAAACCCUGCUGGUACAGCUGUACCUUUAGUGUCAAAGUCCAAUACAGGGUUAAACCCUUCAACGACGAUAACAAGCAGCACCGUCGCUACUUCAACGACUACUACAUUUGCCAGUAUGAACAGUAUCUCUCCGCGUCAAGAAUUCAUCAAGUGGUGUAAAUCUCAAAUGAGACUAAACUCUGGGAUAACAAGUAAUAACGUAUUGGAACUGUUAUUGAGUUUACCUACGGGACCAGAAUCCAAAGAGUUGAUUGAAGAAACUAUUUAUGCCAAUAGUGAUGUUAUGGACGGUAGAAGGUUUGCUACUGAAUUCAUCAGAAGACGCGCUGAAUGCGAAAGGCAAGGCAGUGACCCAUUAAGUUGGAAUGAGGCGUUGGCUCUUUCCGGUAAUGAUGAUGAUGACUGGGAGUUUCAGGUUGUUAGUAAGAAGAAGGGUAGAAAGCAUUAG